AUGAAAGCAGGGCCGUCGGGGGCGGCGCAUGUCACGGUAGCAUGGGAUUCCGCGGCCAAAAGUACAGAGGACACGCUGCAUCUGGCACAUCUCACGCACGCGGUGCUGGCAAAUGUUGAAGAGAAGAUCAGAAUCGAAUUUUCGGAGCUUCGCCUAGAUCAUGGGAUCGCGGCAGAACACCUGCGCUGUAAAGCUUACGUGGGGCCACAGGCGGCCUUGACCGAAGGGGAUGGACCCGACAAGUCUCGGCUGCGAGAGAUUCGACUGGAAUUUUCUGGGCCCAAGGCUGUGGCUGAGGUGCCCAUUGGCAUCCCGCAUGCGCAAGAGCCCUGGGCCAUCCGCAUCAAACUGUACAGGCGACCGGCCAGCAACCUUUUUGCGCAAGAGAUCUGGUAUGAGGUGGUGGCACACCUCCCUCUGUCCAAAUCCAGGGUUUCACUCACUUCGGAGAUCAAGGGCAGAUAUGGAGAUGCCAUGCUCGAGGUGCUUCGACUGGUUCCCAGAUCUGCACUUCCCAAGCUGCAACAUGCAGCAGGUGGAGUUCUGACGCAAGCGAUUUCCGCUGGGGUGGAGGCCAGCGAUGUCGAAAAGAUUUGUUUGGGUCUCCGUGAGCUUGGGCCGGAGACCAUGACUUCAAGUGAAGCAGGGCAUGCCCUGGAGGCAGCAGCCAAGAUGGGCAACCGCCCCGUGGUGGAUCUGCUGCUCAUGCAGGGUGUCCCCGCCACCCUGCGCGCCGCCCACGCGGCUGAGCAGGGAAAAGCGGGGAAGCACUCUGCAGAGAUGGCCAAGGACCUGUUCAUGGCCAGCCAACAAACCCAGAAGCUGGAUUUGCUGCCCCUGGCCAUUGAGGAGCGCAUGCCCCUUGUGGCCGAGCGGCUGCUGUUGGACGGACUGGCGAAACUGGACAGCCUGCCAGGCGACGGGUCCUUCGCCCGCAAGGCCCAUGCCGCGGGAGCCUGGACGGUGCUGGCGGCACUCUUGGAGCGUGGAGAUCCUAUGCCGUGCAAACCACGACUUUUGUUGGACUAUGCCCUGCGUGCUGGUCACGCGGGGCUUGCGAGAUCAUGCUUGAAGCACAUGGGAGAGGAUACCAAGGACAUGGACACAGCCCUUCGCACCUGUUUGGAUCAUGGGCGCACGGAAAUCGUGCGCGAAGCCUUGGAGGUGAUGUGGAAAGCACGGUCGAGUCAAUGGUCUGACGGUCCUCCCUUGCUCACCCUGGAAGUCGGCCCAUCGGAUCAGCCGGCAGAAUGCAGCAUUUGUUUUGAGUCUCUAUACACCAAUCCAGGUGUUUUUGUCAACGAAGAGGGCCUCCGUGUUUGUGGCCACUUUACCUGUCUCACCUGUGCCGAGCACGUCCAAGACGAAGCUUCCGAACGCUUUCGGGCCUGGCGCACGCGCCGUGAGCCGCGGAUCCCGAAGCCGCCGGGGCCGGCGUGUCCCUUGUGCCGCGCGAGCUUCGCGGCAGCGCUGCGCUUGACGGAUCCCACGGUGGAUCCGAAGAGUUUCUUUCGCCUGGCCUGUGUCUUAGAGCCGGGUGAGGACAUUGUGUUGAAGGAUAAAUAUGCCAUGAGCGCCAUCGAAGCGAUCCUGCCGGUGAACGCCUCCACCUUUGCACCAAUCUUUGAGGAAUUAUGGCCUCAAUGGUGUGCUGAUUGUACAGACGGGAUGAGAGAGGCGGAUUUCCUUCGGCCAGAUGGCAUGUUGGCUUGGUUGAGUAGCCAUUUGCUUGAGAUGAAGGUGGAGGGGCAGCUAGGUGCCCCUCCCAAAUUGUCAGAUACAGAGAGUUGGUUCCAAUACUUUGACUACCACGGCAAUGGACGCCUCUCUAAAUCAGAGUUGCUCCGGGGUAUUGUCAAGGCAUACGACGUAGCUCAGUUGGUUCCAGCCACAACACCUUCGCGCAAGUCGCGAACCAUGGGAGCCAUCAAACUCAGAGAAUUGGUGGAUGCGCUUUGGGAUGAAGACCGUUGGGGUGCCGGUGGCAUUGGAUUGGAAGAUUUCGCUGGGAGAUGUGGUUUGGCCCAGCGACUUUUGGAUGCCAUGCCUGACUACAAAGCUCCAGUGGUGCGAACGGGACAGCCCGAACGCCUAAGUGUGGACGAGGCGCUGGCCAAGGCGAGACAAAGUGACUUUCAAACCAUCGAGGAAGAUGAGGCUCGAGCCAAAGAGCGUGCCGAGAAGCAGCGGCGGCAGAUCGCCCCGGCGUGGCUGGUGAAAUCAAUGACGGAUGAUGUGCUGAAAUCAGCUGGGAAUGCAACCCUCCGGGGAGAUGCCGCCACGACAGAGGAAUGGAGCACAGGUCCUUUUGGCGCAGCUCUUGGAAGCGGCGCAGGAAGAGAGGCGCGUGGGUGCCACCCAGCAG